AUGACCAACUCCUACCUAAAACAGUAUUUACAAAGGAACAUCACGCGAAUUAGCGCAGCCUUCUGUGAUGUGGAUUAUUUGCCGCAGGCACAAUCACUCCCUGGACAUGCAUCCAAGUUCACGCAGAUACAUGGACGACUAGGGUACAAAACAUAUAAGGAGCAAUUCCUCUGGCUUUCGUCGACAUUUCUUCAUCCUUAUAACAGCACCAAUAUUUCUCAGUCGUUCAAUCGCAAUGAAUGCAAUCAAUGGGGCAGUUCUUACGACAGCCAUUCUCCUCAAAUUUCUCUUAUUGAUAUAUUUUUUCCCGGUCUCAGUCUGGCUUCUGCCCCGGUACAGCAGCUCCUUGCCGGCAACGUGGACAGCUACACUCGACUCCUAUGUACCUUGGGAGUGUUUGUCCUCUUCACCCGCUACGCAAUUCACUAUUUUUGGGAACUAGUGAGAAGCUACUUCACUUCAACACUUCAUGUCUCAUAUUAUGACGAAGCGUACGAUAUGCUGGUCGAUUGGAUAGCUCAGCAACCGUUCGUCCACAAUGCCCAGUCAUUAAUAGCUCGUGUGCGAUCUCCACAGCGGACAAUCAUCCAAAACCAAGCGAAGAAAAAACCUUUGACAUUUUCUCCCUGGGAUGGGUCUUUUCCUUUCUGGUAUAAAGGGCAUCUGCUCAUCCUUCAUUGCGCGGCCAAGGACCAUCGAGAAGACAUUUAUAUCUCCUCUAUUGGCCUUUACCCAAACAUUCUCAAAGAGCUUGUUGAAGAGUGUCGAGGAACAUAUCUCAACAACAUUAACAAAAAAAUCACCGUCUUUGAGCACCGUGAAGGGGACUGGAAGAAAACGAGGCUGAGAGCAAUUCGACCCAUCUCUACAGUUAUCAUGGACAAGAAAGUUCAGGAUGAUCUUCUGAGAGAUGUGAAGGAUUUUCUGGGUGAAGAUACACAAAAAUGGUACGCCGACCGCGGAAUCCCCUACCAACGAGGCUACCUUUUACAUGGACCUCCCGGGGCCGGAAAAUCCAGCUUCAGUCUCUCACUGGCGGGGGAAUAUGAACUGGAUACGCUUCAACUGUCAGGUAUUUCCGACAGCAAGCUGAUGAAGCUAUUUGCUGAGCUUCCGCCGCACAGUAUCGUUCUCCUGGAAGAUGUCGAUGUCGCCGGGAUGGGCCGAAGAGACGAUGUGGAUACAGAUCAGGAGAACAAUCCAGGCCCUGGAGUUACCCUAUCCGGCCUUCUCAAUGUUCUUGAUGGUGUGUCAUCUCAAGAAGGUCGGGUGCUCAUCAUGACGACCAAUCAUAUCGAACACCUUGACGAAGCACUUAUUCGGCCUGGCCGGGCAGACAAAAAAGUGUAUUUCAAGCUUGCCGAUAGGAAAAUUUCCGCUCAACUUUUUCAAACAGUCUUCAAGCAGACGCCUGACCACAAGCAAGCCAAGAAACAAUUCGGCGGCGAGACAAUUGAGAGGCUUGCUAACAACUUUGCUUCCAAGGUGCCAGAUGAAGUUUUCAGUCCAGCCGAUGUUUUGUCGUUUCUAUUGGAGCAGAAAAACUCACCCUUUGAUGCUGUUGCUGAAGUUGAAAACUGGGUGGCGAAGGCGAAGACAGCGAGCCCACUGAAGAGAGAGGGUUCUUGGGUAGAAGAAGGGCGCUAA